UCAAAAAAAAAAAAAAAAAAAAAUCCCAUUUUGUGCUCUUUUAAAAAUCAUGGGAAUCAAUGGACAGUCAAGCCCUCAACUUUAAAUUAAAAAGAAGGAGAAGAAAAGCACUAAAAGGUCGUAUUGAGCUCGCAGUCUGUCUAGUUCCGAUUCAAUUCAAAUGGCAAAAAGCGAGCAAUGCUGUUCUACUCAGUUAAUUGAUGGAGAUGGUACAUUUAAUGCCGAUGGAAUAGAUCAAUUUAUCAAGGACUCGAAAUUGGGGGAAUGUGGACUUUCUUAUGCUGUAGUCUCCAUCAUGGGUCCACAAAGUAGUGGGAAGAGCACUUUAUUAAACAAUUUAUUUGGCACCAACUUUAGGGAGAUGGAUGCCUUUAAGGGAAGGUCCCAAACCACUAAAGGUAUUUGGAUAGCUAAAUGUGCUGGAAUUGAGCCUUCUACUCUUGUAAUGGACUUGGAAGGCACUGAUGGAAGAGAACGAGGAGAGGAUGACACAGCAUUUGAGAAACAGAGUGCCCUGUUUGCCCUUGCUGUUUCAGACAUAGUAUUGAUUAACAUGUGGUGUCAUGAUAUUGGCCGUGAGCAAGCUGCAAAUAAACCUCUUUUGAAGACUGUAUUCCAGGUUAUGAUGCGAUUGUUUAGUCCACGUAAAACAACUUUGAUGUUUGUUAUACGUGAUAAAACAAGGACACCAUUGGAGAAUUUGGAACCGGUUCUAAGAGAAGAUAUUCAGAAGAUCUGGGAUGCUGUUCCUAAGCCACAAGCACACAAGGAAACUCCUUUAAGUGAAUUCUUUAAUGUGGAAGUUGUUGCACUUUCUAGUUUUGAAGAAAAGGAAGAACAAUUCAGAGAGCAAGUUGCUAGUUUGAGGCAACGCUUCCAUCAUUCUAUUGCACCUGGUGGUCUGGCAGGAGAUCGACGGGGUGCAGUUCCUGCUUCUGGAUUUUCCUUUAGUUCGCAGCAAAUCUGGAAGAUCAUCAAGGAGAACAAGGACCUUGACCUUCCUGCCCACAAGGUCAUGGUUGCUACUGUACGCUGUGAAGAAAUUGCUAAUGAAAAGUAUGCUAAUUUCAGUGCAAAUGAGGAGUGGUGUCAAAUAGAAGAAGCUAUACAAUCUGGACCAGUUUCUGGUUUUGGAAAGAUGCUGAGUUCAACUCUAAAUGCAUGUCUGUCUGAGUAUGAUGCAGAAGCUACUUAUUUUGAUGAAGGAGUCAGAUCUGCAAAGCGAAAGCAGCUUGAAGAGAAAUUGCUACAACUUGUCCAACCGGCAUUUCAAUCAAUGUUGGGUCAUAUAAGAUCAGGGGCUUUUGACAAAUUCAAGGAAGCAUUUGAUAAGGCUUUGAAUGCUGGGGAAGGGUUUUCUUUGGCUGCUCAUUCUUGCACUCAGUCUUACAUGGCUCUAUUUGAUGAAAGAUGUGCAGAUGCAAUCAUUGAACAAGCAAACUGGGACACCUCUAAAAUGAGGGAUAAGCUUCAACGUGAUAUAGAUGCGCAUGUUGCUUCUGUCCGUGCUGCCAAACUGUGUGAAUUGACAUCAUCAUUUGAGGCAAAACUAAAUGAGGCAUUAGCAGGACCUGUGGAAGCUCUUCUGGAUGGAGCUAACAAUGAGACUUGGCCAGCAAUAAGGAAACUUCUGCAGCGUGAGACAGAAACCGCUGUUGCUGGCCUAUCUAGCGCACUUACUGGCUUUGACAUGGAUGAACAAACUAAGGAUAAAAUGCUUACAAGUUUGGAGAAUUAUGCAAAAGGUGUAGUUGAAGCAAAAGCAAAGGAAGAAGCUGGACGAGUCCUGAUCCGUAUGAAAGACCGGUUUUCAAUGUUAUUUAGCCAUGAUUCUGAUUCAAUGCCACGAGUUUGGACUGGAAAUGAAGAUAUUCGAGCAAUUACAAAAGUUGCUCGCUCCGCGUCCUUAAAGUUAUUAUCGGUAAUGGUUGCAAUCCGUUUGGAUGAUGAUGUUGAUAAGAUUGAAAGUACCCUAUCAUCUGCAUUGUUGGGCACCAAAAGCAAUGCUGCCAUCACUGAGAGAAGUAUCACAACAGUUGAUCCACUGGCCUCAAGCACCUGGGAUGAGAUUCCACCAUCAAGGACGUUGAUCACGCCUGUCCAGUGCAAGUCUUUGUGGAGGCAAUUCAAGGCAGAGACAGAGUACAGUGUCACUCAGGCCAUUUCUGCCCAGGAAGCCAACAAACGUAAUAACAACUGGUUACCACCCCCAUGGGCAAUUGUUGCUUUGAUUGUAUUGGGAUUUAAUGAAUUUAUGACACUUCUGAGAAAUCCCUUCUACCUGGCUUUUAUCUUUGUAGUUUUUCUACUCCUUAAAGCCUUAUGGGUGCAACUAGACAUUGCCGGUGAAUUCCAAAAUGGCGCUCUUCCAGGGCUUAUUUCCUUGUCCACGAAGUUCCUUCCUACUGUUAUGAACCUUAUUAAAAAACUUGCUGAGGAAGGACAAAUGCCUGCUGCUAAUACUCAUAGAACUCCAGGACCAGCAGCAAAAAGUUUUCGUAAUGGAAAUGAAACUGGCAGUGACAUGUCAAGCGCUUCAUCCAGGGUAACCUCUGCUGAAAAUGGGACUGAAUACUCGACUGCCUCAAAAGAUGACUAGGUGAGAUAAUCAUUGAUUGGGAAGCAAUUAAAUCACUGUUAAAAGAUAACAGCGUUCUGCUCGCAUUAUGGUGGGUGGUUGUAUUGCACGGUCCACGGCUAUCGGCUCUUGUAUGAUUAGCAUGCAAGAGACAGAUUUUGAAGGCAUUGAUUUUAGUAUACGUGCCGCAUACAGGGGGCCUAGUUGAUUAUGAGGGAGCCCCAUUCAGUAGUUCCUAUUGUAUUAGUGCAGGUGUUGAUUUUUUUUUUUAAUAAUUAUUUUUUUGGACAAGCUAUUGGAUUCUGUCUAAAACCUUGAUGGUGGUUAAUUAUGCUGGCUUGACUUCAAUUUUGUCUUAUGAGAAUUUAAAUGCGGUGUUUGUUAAACUGAAAUUGUUGUAUGGUGAAAGUAUAAUUUAUUUUAA